GAAGCCCAAGAAAGUACCACAUCAACAUCAACCAGCUCCUUGCUCCAAAGUCUCUUCAUCUCUAGUUUUUCAAUGCUUUCUCAGCUCAACGUUUAUUGUUCUUUUGAGACGUCUGUCAAACCGCCAUGUGCAACAAGGUUUUGUUGUGGCCCUUGCGAAAUUCCAAAUUAAUUUGUGGGACAAGAAACUUGAAUCAUGAAAAGAAAUCCAUCAUCAAUCACCACAAUCUACAAAGCCCAACUCCCCCAUAUAAAAAGCCAUCGUUUGUGCUUCCGAUUUGAAUAUUUAAAGGGAAGUUUUCCUUGCUUCAAAGCACAAAGAACUUGUCAAGCAGAUAUUAUUGAUAGAAAGGAGAAGUCGAGACAGAAGUUCCCAUAUUCUUCGUUAUCGCUACAUUUUUUAGUGCUAUUUAAAUACCCGAAAUCCAUUCAGCUGAACAUCCAUCAACAAAACCAACAUGUCAACGCAAAACAAUAACACAUCUGCCACAUCCCAGCCUUCAUCCAUCUUAUUCUUCAUCGCAGUGGCGAUCGGGGUCGUUAUCGCUUUGGUUUUCAUCUUCUUUUCAAUGAGAUAUUAUGUCCGUACAAGGUUAGGGAUCUAUGCCACUGCUAGAUUAACAACAACCUCAAACAAUGGUGGAAUAGUAUUGCUGACUGGUGAUUUCCCCAUGCACAGCUUCAAUGGAUAUUCAGGUGAUCUACCUAAUCAGUUGAGAAGAAGGAAUAGAAGAAGAAAAUAUUUGAAGAAAAGAAGAUUGACUGAGGAGGAAGUUGAUCAUUUAUUCCCUGUUAGAACUUAUCAAGAUUGGCUAGACGGUGGUGCUGAGAGAGAUGCUGAUCAGCGUGAAAUCCAUGUUAUGUUGAAAGAGGAAAAUGAUGAUGAAGUUGUUGAGCAACAACAAGACGAACAAACACCAGAACCUCAAAAUCAAACUCAAGACGGCUCAACUGCCGAUGGUAGAACAAUAACAGCAACUGACACUAUAGCUACUAGUGAUACACCAGCUAUUAAGGUCAAUACCCCUGAUCAUGACACCGGAUCAACAUACCAUGAUGCUCUAGAUCAACCAGAACAAGUGGAUUUAGGAACUCCUUAUGAACCUCAUUAUGAUUCAGGAACAUGUGCCAUCUGUAUAGAUACAUUUGAACCUGAAGAUCCAGUUCGUGGGUUAAUCUGUGGCCAUGUUUUCCAUCAAGAAUGUUUAGAUCCGUGGCUUACAAAGAGAAAAGCAUGUUGUCCAAUGUGUAAACGUGAUUAUUACCUCAAGGAUGAAUCUGAUGAACAACAAGCUCAAGGUAAUGGUGCAGAACCUGAAAAUCAAAUUGAUGAUUUAGAUUCCAUCAAUCAAUUCACUGAACUGCAAUACACUACAUUGAAUGAACGUGUUACAGAGAUCUUGAAUAGACACCCAGAUCUUGAACAAAUCGCCACUGAAAAAAUCAAAAAAUAUUUGAAGUUCAAAUGGAGAGUAUUUUGGCUUAUCAUGGGGAUUUCCAAGUCAGAUUUAGUUAAUUCUGCUAUUGUCAAUGAAGAUCAAAGAUUAAGAGAAGAAGAUCCGACUUAUGAUGUGAUUAAUGCUAAUGAAGUUAUUAAUAAUGGUAAUAACGAUGGCAAUGCUAAUGAAGCUAAUAAUAAUGAUGAUAAUAAUGAAGGUAAUCGUGAUGGUGCUGGUGUCCAAACAGUUGAAAACUCUCAAGAAAUUAGAGAUCGUGUUGAAAGAAUGGUUUAAUGUGUAUAAUGGGUUAAGUUUUUUGUUGUUACUUUUGAAGUUUAGUAUUGUAAGAUAUGAAUAAAAAUAUGAUAGCUAAUAAUCGACAGUCUAUACACUAGCUAAUGUGAUCCAUAAUCACUGUCAGGGGAAAGGGCAUCUUCAAUAUCUAAAAGUUUGCUAUCGUCCAAAGCAAAUAAAUUGUUUAAUUGAUUGUCAUGGACUUCAGAACCUUCAAUAGCAUUAUUGAAGUCGAUAAUUCGAGCGUUAUCAUUUAUAUCCUCAAUAAUAUCACACAGUGACAAAUCACAAUGCGCAAUAUUUCAG